CAUUCAGCUUCAGAAAUCUGGGUGUGACUACAGUCAGGUAAACCUCUUGUAUUCGGAAGAAAUAACAAAUAGAGAGCUCCAAUGGAUAUUGUUGAUGGUCGUAUAGGAUCAUAGCUGCAGCUUUGAAAAGAAGCCAGGCUCCCUGCCUACCCACUCACCAAAGCAAUGGCAAUGCCAGAAGUUAAUGGAACUUUUUCUAACAGCUACAGGAACCCUGCAUUUGAGGAGGAUAUAAGUGACUUCCCAAACAAGAAUGAUGAUACUGCGUUUAGAAACAGGAACUUGGAAAAAGGCCAUUCAUUCCACCUGAACCAGAAUGAAACCAACAUUGAUAUUGGCAGAGAUCAUCAAAUACACAAACAUGAAGCAGAAGACAACGAUUCCAAAGGGUAUCUUGAAAAUAAAUAUGAUACUGUCAUUCGCUUUUUCAAGAAACAUGAAACCAGAAUUCGAUACAUAAUUUAUGGAAUACUCAUAGCAGCUUACCUGGCAAUGGUAAUUGCGGCCUGUAUCUUGAAUUUUCGCAGAGCCUUGGCCCUCUUUGUGCUCACUCUUCUGGGCAUCUUUUUCAUCUGUUGGGACUUUUUGAUAGCCAGAUAUGAAGACAGAAUCACAGAAUUUCUUUCUCCUUGUAGAACAUUUCUGAAAAACCAGUGGUUUUGGCUGAAAUGGGUAGUAUGGAUUGCACUAACAGCUGCCGUCGUGUGCUGGCUUGUCUUCGACACUGCCAAGCAAGGAACCAACCAACUCAUUUCUUUUGGUGGGCUUGUAAUGUAUGUUCUCUUGAUGCUGAUAUUUUCCAAAUACCCAACCAAAGUUGUAUGGAGACCAGUUAUCUGGGGAAUAGGAUUACAAUUUAUUCUUGGAUUAAUAACCUUGAGGACAAAAGUAGGAUUUGACUCAUUCAGUUGGCUGGGACAGCAAGUGCAGACCUUUUUGGAAUACACAAAUGCUGGUGCUGAGUUUGUGUUUGGAGAAAAAUAUACUGAUCACUUUUUCGCCUUCAAGGUGCUGCCUAUAGUCAUCUUUUUCAGCACAGUGAUGUCCAUGCUUUACUACAUUGGAUUUAUGCAAUGGCUUAUUAAAAAGGUUGGAUGGAUAAUGCAAAUUACCCUGGAGACAAGUCCAGUUGAAUCUUUAGUUGCAGCAGGCAAUAUUUUUGUUGGACAGUCAGAAUCUCCUCUCUUAGUGAAGCCUUAUUUGCCCUAUGUAACCAAAUCUGAACUCCAUGCUAUUAUGACAGCAGGAUUUGCCACCAUUGCUGGAAGUGUCUUAGGAGCAUAUAUUUCUUUUGGGGUGUCAGCUUCCCAUUUGCUAACGGCUUCUGUAAUGUCAGCACCUGCAGCAUUGGCGAUUGCUAAACUCUUUUGGCCUGAGACUGAGCAACCUCAGAUAACUCUACAGCAGGGCACAAAACUGGGGAAAGGGGAUUCCCAAAACUUGUUGGAAGCAGCCAGCCAAGGGGCUUCUUCCUCGAUUCCACUGGUGGCAAACAUUGCGGCAAGUCUCAUUGCGUUCCUUGCCUUGCUGUCUUUCUUUAACGCAACUUUGUCUUGGCUGGGGAACAUGUUCAACUAUCCACAGUUAAGCUUUGAGAUCAUUUGUGCCUAUGCCUUUAUGCCAUUUUCUUUCAUGAUGGGAGUAGACUGGGAAGACAGCUUUAUUGUUGGUGGACUCCUGGGUUACAAGACCUUCUUCAAUGAAUUUGUGGCUUAUAAGCAGCUUUCAAAUUUGAUCCAUCAGAGGAAAGCAGGAGGGGAAAUGUACAUCAAUGGUGUCAAACAAUAUUUAAGUGUCCGAUCAGAAACAAUCGCCACGUAUGCCCUCUGCGGAUUUUCAAACUUUGGUUCUUUGGGAGUGGUAAUUGGAGCACUGACAUCAUUGGCACCCUCCAGGAAGAGAGACAUUGCAAGGACAGCCUUCAGGGCUAUGAUUGCUGGAACAGUGGCCUGCUUCAUGACAGCUUGCAUUGCAGGAAUAUUAUCUGUUGCAGAAGAUCCAUGCACUGCUGUAUUAGGAAACAACUUCAACAUGACUAGCAAUAGUACAGAAAUAGUUGCAUGCUGCUUAAACCUCUUUAACAGGGCAAAUGGUUCCACAGAAAUCUUCUUGAAAGCAAGCAACAACUUGACUUUGGCUGGAUGUUGCACUCUUCUGUACCAACCCACAAUUAACUGCAGCUGGACCACUGCAUUACCUUAAACUCUAGACAUUUUUCUAUGAGGAAUAUGUACAGACAUUUUGCCUCACUGGUGAUUUGACAGGAAAAGGAUGAUGGUAAACUCACCUUGUUGCUGCUGUACAUAAGAUUUAUCUUGCUUUCAGUUUAAACUAGAUUGGCAGCUAAGGACAUCUUUCAGCAUAAAUGGAGUCAAUGGGUAAGUGUUUGUGCUCCAUAUUUAUCUUUGACCUCUUGGGUCAUAAUAUAAGUACGUAUGUGAUAAAGAAGAAACUUAAAUAUUUGCCGCUAUUUCGAAGGCGUAUUUAAAACAGCUCAGAAAAUCUUUCUUGCUUUUCCUUCUCGACUUACGAAAAAACUGGAAGAGAGUUUUCAGUUGAAAAUCUGGAGCACUUUAUAUACAGUAAUUUCUUCCACUGUGAUAAAAUUGCCUUACUGUGCUACAAAGUAUAUAUACUUUUUAAAAAAAACUUGGAAUUAAUUCCAUUUAUUGCAAUGGGACAUAUAUCCAAGUAGAUGGGAUGUGCAUUGCCUUACUUACUCCGAGGAUUAAAAAACAUGAUUGUAGUUUUGUCAUUACAGGAAUUAAGAGAUCUUCUGCGGAAGAGCUCAGUAUGUGCCCAUCCAUUAACCCCACCACUAUCAGAAAUCAUCUAAUGCACACAUGGAACUAGAAGGACAGAGCUUUGUCUCGUUUAAGGCAUUUGUUUUUUAAAUGUUGGUGCCAAAACACUAAAGCAGAAUGUUUCUGGAAACUGCAAGGUUGGUUUCAUGUGCCAAUCCAUGGAAGACAUUACACAUUUCUUAAUUGAGAUUUAUAUCAAAACAACCACAUGACCAGAAGUCCUUCUUGAAAUUCGGGUAGUAGAAUAGAUGUUUUUUUAAAAAAAUCUAGAUCAUUUUAAAUUAAUGGAAAAGCAGACAUAUGCAGGCUUUUUGGAUGGUAGCUUUAUCAGUGACUUCCUAAUGAAGUCACUGAUAAAUGAGAAAAGUGUUUACUGAAUCAAGUUUAAUAUCAAUGGUUAGCACUACAAAAUACCUUUCAUUGCAUUAUUAUCAGUACAAGAAAAACCUCUUAAUAUAGGUACAGAAACAGAUCUCACAGCAACAGUUUACAGGAUCAAAGAAGAACAACAAGGUUGUUUAUUUAUUCCUUGUGAUUGCAUUUAUUCCAGCUAGUUAAACUCCAUGCAGUUAUUGCUGCUGCUACAUAUUUAUUGCUACAAAAUUUAAAUUUAAAUGCUCCAGGAGUACCUGUUAAACAAUAUUUUAAAAUACAGUAUGUGAAGCCUUCCCUAAGCUUGUUUAUCAGUUUCACCUCACACAAGGUGUAUUGACACCACCCAAUCAUAAUAGUGUCAAAUAAUUAUAUAGUUCGAGGGAAGGUAAUGAAAUAAGGGUCACUUGAUGAUGGGGUAAAAACAAGGGGUGUUGAGGGUUUUCUCAAUCGCCCCCUCAUAGAGAAGAGCCAACAUGAAUUAUUGACAUUUGUAGAACUUCAUUUUAAAGGCCAAUCUCUACAUUGCUUGUUCUAUGAAACCUUCCAUUGUAACUGUCCAGUGUAUUGUCUAUUUUUGUCCUGACACAAUAGUUAAAAUGGAAAUCAGUAUACAGUACUCUAUGUGAGAAGAAUUUUCAAUAGUGGGAAAAUAUAUGAUCAGCAGGAAAACAGCCUUAAGGAAAGCUUGUAGGUGGUGUGGAGAGCUGUAACUAGCUCCCACAGUUUCGGUACCCUAAUGGUUAAGCCUGGGUCAUGUGAGACUGACUGGUCCUUUUUAGGAGAAAUGUGGGGGAAAUGAAUGAAUGAAUGAAUGAAUGAAUGAAUGAAUGAAUGAAUGAAUGAAUGAAUGAAUGAAUGAAUGAAUGAAUGAAUGGGGAAGAGAGUGGAGGAACAGGGAUAAACACCUGAAUCUGAGUGUGCAGUGGCUGUAUUAGUAAUAUACUGAGCCUACCUGCUCUAUGCUUCCCUCUGCUUGAAGAAGGUCUGGCAUAAGCACUAAGGUUGGGUAGGCUCACGCCCUUCCAUUUUUUCCAGCAGAUGUAGGUUAUGCUGUCUGUAUUUCAGCACCCUGGACCAAAGCCCCAGUUGUCCUGAUCAUCCCUCUUUCUUUAUAAACAGGAAACAGUUACUGUUUAUAUAUCAGAAAUUGACUGUCAUGGGGG